CUUAGCAACGGGCCUGGCGACCGUCUCCUGGCGGCUGCCGCCCCCGGCCGGCACCCCUUUUCCCAUCUUCUGCUCCCGGCGAGGGUGGGGCUGACUGGGAGUCCAGGGCUGGGCCCGGCCCCGGGAAGGACUGAGGGGCGCCGGCUGUCCCCACGGCGGCCGCACGAGGAUCUAAGACCAUGAACGGCAGCCGGAGAGUCCUCCCCAGAUAUGAUCCACCAUGCCUACUUAAGGGACACCUGAGCACCAAAAGUAAUGCUUUUUGCACUGACUCCUCCUCUCUCAGAUUAAACACCCUGCACCUGGUCAAGACUCACAUGGCUGCUCACUAUAAUAAAAUCCUUUCUGCCAAAGCUGCAGUAGACUGCUCAGUUCCAGUAAGCAUAAGUACCAGCAUCAAAUAUGCAGACCAACAACGAAGAGAGAAACUCAAAAGGGAAUUAGCACGAUGUGAAAAGGAGUUGAGGUUAGCUAAAACCAUAAGGCAGGCCAAUUCUAAAAAUAAUUCCAGGUCAAUAUUAAGCACGCUGCAAAAGCCUGCAGGUGAACCACAGGAUGAGGCUGAUGUGUUAACAGAAGGAAUAAGGGAAUUUCCUUCCUUUGCAAGGUCACGAGUACCUUCUUCAGAGAGACUACUCCUUGGCCCAUGUAAAACCGAUAAAGUCCUCACGAGUGGUACUGAGGAGAACUCCAGUUCCUCCCUCACCAGUAUGGGUCACACGGUUUCCCGGCCGAGGAAACUGAGCUCUGCAAGGCCUUACAGCAGAGGGCCCAGGAGCGCAGGGCCCAGGAGCGCAUGCCCCAGUCCCCACCGGUUUCAGCUGGUUAUUUCAAAAGCACCCACUGGGGAUCUUUUGGAUAAACAUUCUGAACUCUUUUCUAACAAAGAAUUGCCAUUCACUCCACGCACUUUAAAAACAGAUGCAAAAUCUUUCCUGUCACAGUACCGAUACUAUACACCUGCCAGAAGAAAAAAGGCUCAGCGGAUAGAAGCUGAAACCCAGACUGAAGUAAGCAGCUUUAACUCUGAUUUUGAGACAGCUGAGACUGAGAAUUUGACAGAUUCAGAAGUGAACAUACAGCAGGCACCUAGCUGUUUAACACAUGGUACCAGAGAAAAAACACCUUUACCUUCACAAAAGUAUGGCUUAACGUGGGAUGAGAUUAAAGAGGGCGUUCUUCAACGUUCCGCACCCAGGACAAUAUCCAAGUAUUCCCUACAACCUUCAGGGAGAAAAAUUCACUCUGAUGAAGAAGAACUAUUGUAUCUGAGUUUCAUUGAAGAUGUAACAGAUGAAAUUUUGAAACUUGGUUUCUUCUCAAAUAGGUUUUUAGAACGACUGUUUGAGAGACAUAUAAAAGAAAACAAACAUCAUUUGGAGGAGAGAAAAAUGCGCCACCUGCUACAUGUCCUGAAGGUGAACUUAGGCUGUAUAUCCGAGCAAACCUCAGUAAAGCUAAAUGAUGCCGAUAUGUUGACUUUACUUGAUUUUGAAAAGACUAAGAAUUCAAAACAAAAUGACUUUAAAAAAGAGCAUGAAAUAACAAUCCAACAGGAACAUCAGGAAUACCAGACAGCUUUGGAUAUGUUAUUGUCUGUACAGAAAGAUGAGAACGAGAUAUUCUCUCCAUCAAAUGAUUUUUUCCUGCCCAUCUUUAAAACAAAAAAGUAUUCAGAAGGAGUUACAAUUCAGCAGGUGAAUGAUGAAGCAAAUCUUGAACCUUCAACAUGGGAUGAAAAAAACCCAAGUGUUUCAGACAGCUUAAUAGACCAGGAAACCUCUGUGGAUGUCAUCGAAGUUGAUAGCGACACUGAAGAGGUUGAGACUUCAGAUGCAUUAGCAUGUCUUAGCCCACCAUUUUCCCAGUCUGCCCAGUUCUCCAGGGUCACAGGUGACAACAAUCAUGACAUGAAAGGGCCAACUCUUAAAAUCAUGGAAAUGAGCAUUGACGACUGUCCUUUGAAUGUUUGAUCUUCGUUAAUAAACACCUCAGAUGACCAGGAACUCAAUAUUCCCUUUCAUUUUUUUUUUUUCUAUAUUUCAAUAUUAGUUUUCCAUGCUACAUAAUAAAUUACCACAAAUGUGGCAGCUUAAAACAACACACAUUUAUUAUUUAUCCCACAGUUUCUGUGGGUCAGAACUCUGAGCACAGGCUAGCUGCGUCACUCCCUUUUUUAAAAAAGCUUUUGAGAGUCUCCACUUGCUAACAAGAUAAAAGUCCAUACCACUUCCAUUUUUUAUAAUGCUCAUCUCUUGCCGUCUUCUCCAGGGAUGGAUUACCCAGUAGGCAAAGUAAGCACAGAUUUACUUGGGCUCACUUACUAAUCUGUAAAUAAGCGCAAGUAAGUAAGCCUGUGCUUACCUUGCUUACCGGGUAAAUCCACCCAUCAGGAAGUGUAAAUUUGAGGAGGUUGGAUUCUGUAGGAAGGUGCUGUGGAUUGGGAGACAGAUGCCAGCCAUACCUAGAAGCAGAAGUUUGAUGUAAAAACAUGUGAAAUUGUUCACUACCGACGAUCUGGAAGCAAGGUAGGCACCAUGCUUCCCUUACUUAUUGGGUAAUCUGCCCCAUCUUCUCCCAAGCAUCUGAAGUGCCUGUGACACCUAGUUUGCUUUCCCUGCCUCCAUGCUGUCUGCUCAGAACACCAUUCCCUCCCGCC